AUGCUAGCAAUUAUUUUUGCAUGUUUGCUGCAAUUGGCCAAUGGUCAAUAUUCAGGCAUAACCGAGUCGUCGUCUGUCGAUGUAACAGCAUUAGAAGUAAGCUACGGAGGGAAUGAAUCAAACGGUGACUAUACAAAACCAACAGUUCCUGUAGCUCCACCACGUGUCCCAAUAAGAGAUGAGCCAUCACUCGGGUAUCGGCCACCGCCACCACCGAUAAGACGAGAUGCCAAAAGUUCUGGGGAAUGUUCCUUCGAUCGGAACUCUUGGCGAUUCGAGCCUCAAACUGCAGUUGCAAAUGCAGUAAUGUUUGAGCGCACAACUGGCUCCACAUGUGAGGAAUGUGUUAGGAAAUGUCUUCACUUCCAGGAUCCCAAUUCCGAAUGGGUGUGCCGUUCGUUAACUUUCGACCAUCACUGGAAAAUUUGCGAUUUGUUUGCUGUCAAUGGCACGAGUCCUCCUCACUUUCUUACUGAAUAUUUGGAUAGAGAUUAUCUCGAGUAUUUACAAAUUAGUCCGUCUUCCGGUGUUCAUUUAACUCGGAAUUCAGCUAUCGUCGAUGCAGGUAAUAAAGAAUCAGGUUACCCAACAGCUUCACAAAUUACGGGGAUAACCGAAACAGGACAUGGACAUGGGUCACAUUCGUUUUCAGGCUAUCAACCUGUGUACCGAAAAUCUGCAAGCAAAAGUAGUGAAAAGCUCUGCAAAGAUGAAGAUGUAACACGCUACGUAAUGAUAUUAAACUACGAACGGCUAAAUCUAGCGAUUGAUACGCAGCUUGUUAAAGGGGAAAGUUUGAAAGGCUGUGCAACAGCAUGUGAUCAGGAUGAGACGCUCACUUGCUCAUCUGUGAUUCACAGAGGUAAGGAAUGCGAAUUAUCAGUUUCAAGGGUUACUCAAAAAAGCAGUGACGACUUUAUUUUCAAAGAAAACAGCACAUAUCUGGAAAAAUUUUGUUUCUCAGCGAGUUCGGCUGAAGCAACAGAAAAGCUGUGGCCAACAGUCCUGGAUCACAUCCUUGUUGGUCAUGUUAUGGAAGUAACCGACGCACCUUCGCUCGGCGAAUGUAUGAGCACCUGUUUGAAAGCUGAGCAGAAAUUCUCAUUUGUAUGCCGUUCAGCAAUGUGGUACCCAAAUGAUGAAGAUCAGAACUGCUUGUUAAACACGGAAAAUCGCAAAACACAUCCAAACGUAUUUGUUCCUGAAGGCCAGGGAGUUCGAGUGUUUUAUUUCGAAGUUCCACGAACCCGCAAUAAAAAGGAAAUAUCCGACGUCCUCCGGGACGAUCCAGUUGAAGACGAUUAUACACGAUGGUCAUCAUGCAAUGGUUCCAACCUGCAAAGUCGCUAUUUGAAAUGUAAAAAUCAAACAGACGUACGGAAAUGCCCACAACAAACAAAAUCCUGCAAGCGAGGGCUAACAGCAACCACAAACUCCCGACUAAAUUUAGCUCCUAACAUGUUGCGGAAAGGAAGAUGUCUGGCAGUAAAAGACUCGAAUGGACGCAAAAAAUGCCCACAUGGAAUCCGAAAAGUGCCCGGCGGACAUAUCGAAUACUGCAAGAACCCCACCGAUUGUAGCUUGUGAAUUGUGUCGCAUGAAUUCAACAUAGAGAAUAUAAAUUGCCUAG